AUGCAACCGGAUGGCACCAUCUCAGAGUUUGAACCAUUGGACUAUGCGGGGACAACCAAAAUUUUCAGAGCGAUGUUGAUGACCCCAUGGAAGCGCUUUCAAGGGGACCAUCCAUUAGAGCGGCUUCAGAUGACUUACACACUUCAUUCCAUGAAAGCCACGCUUUUGAGCUUUGGGCCACAGUUGGGCACUUUGGUCAGCGACUCAGAUCGUCUUUUACAAGGACAUCACCAGGAUCAGAAACAAUCUUUAAAUCUGUAUGGUCGCGAUAGCGUUUGGGGUUCUCUCCGUUAUCAACAGACAGUCACAUCACAGAUUCAACAAGGAUGGAGGCCUAAAACUGCACAACAUAGAGGGGGACAGUUUCCUCUUGUGGAGCCAACGGUUGUCUUAGAGCGCUACAAAAAAGCGGCACCUGACUACAGGUUUGAAUGGCUUCCAUUUCAUCACCAUGAGGAACCCCAGGAACUGCCACCGGCUCAAGAGGUGGUCUCUGAAGAAUCCGAUACGGACUCCAGCAGCAGCGACAGUGACACUGACAGCAAAGGUUCUGAACAGGCUUUGUCAGCUCAGGAGAUGAACCCCAAGAAGCAGGAACCAAUACAAGCGGACGAAGCUGUGUUUGCUCGCCAUCGACGGGUCACCCAUGCUAUGGUGAUUAUGGAUGACGGCAAUGAGUCCAGACCUUUUUUCAUGGGGCAUUUGUGGAAGGCGUCCUGUGGAAAUUGCGUCAUGACUACAAAGUCAUUAGAGGAUGCCAUGUCGGCAUGUGGCGUUGAACCAGUCAUUGCAUCACAGCUGGUGCAAAUGGGCUGGACGGUUCCAACAUUUGCGUGUGCUGCGGUGAAUUUAGAAGCGUUUGAUCGCCUGUGGCCGGAGUUUUUUCCAGAGGAAGAACCUUCACUGCUGCAGAAAGCUUCGCUGAGGGCUGCGUUCAAGAUGUGUCAAGAAAUGACACAACCAGCAUUAACCAAUAACCAGGCUGCACCUGCCUCAGCGGCUUCGGAUCCUAUGGCGAAUCCUGGAACUUGGGCGGAGAGUUUUCCACCGAAGUUAGAUGCAACAGUGAUUGAUCAGAUGAAAACCAAAUUUUUGGCCAGUUACCCUUCAGAGUUGGUCAAUCAUGAUACCAUGCCAAGCACGAGACUGCUUAACCUUGUGCACCAUCAAUUGGGCAAGAAACAAUGGGCAUGGAUCCCCUGGAAAUAUAGAUUGACCAUGGCGAAAUCCGAAGAGGUCACCUCUCAGCGACAGACCAAGAUGCCAAAAUUGGAGGUAGCCUCCUUACAUCAUUUGUUGGUGGAUGAACCACCAGCCAUUGAUAUAUCAAACACAGGAUUUGGCGUUAAUGCAGCCCGAAAUCUGUUGGCCGUUCAUGACAUGGCAGUGGCAAUGUGCGGUGGAGCCCAUUUGGCCAACCUCAAGGCCUACUCAGCAAAAUUUCUCGGCUUCCUGACCCAGAAGGUGGACCCAGAGAGCAUGUUGCGUUGUGCAUCCAUUACAGAAGCGCAGUCAGCGGACCGCCAAAUCUGGGCUGCAAUUGCAGAUUUAAUGUCAGAGCGUGGAUGGGAUAUGGAUAAUUGCCUACACGAGUUCACACACAUUCGUCAUGACCUGCCAGGAACCUCAGGUUCAGCGGCCUCAACCAGUGCCGUGGCUGUGGCAGUAGCUCCCGACAUUCCUCCUAAGGAGUUACACCGGCCAGGACCCAAAGCAUUGCGUACACCAGAAUUUUUGGAUGGAGUCCCAGGGAGCCAUCAGUCCUUGGUCGGAACCCGAUCAGAAACGGGGGAAUAUUUAAGUCGCCAGACUGCAUGCUACCCAGAGGCAUUGGCAACAAAAUUUGCACCUCUGGUUACACCAUUGGUUCACCAGACAUCCCAUGAUUGGAAGUGGGAUGACAUCCAGUUUAUUCCACCUAAGAAGGAACCACUGCAACCGCCUUUUGGACAAGAGGAUGGCGGUGGCUUACCGUCUAAUCCUGAUUGGAGCAUGGGAGAACGUUCGGCCCCUGAUGUUUUUGGCCCUUUGCGGAAGCAGUGGAUGCGACGAAUCAUUGAUCAACGAUUGGAUAAAGAUCUGUUGCAAUAUUUUUCUCAGGAGGUGCAUGCGCAUCCGCCAUUUUCAGAUGCGGUCUUGGCUCCUUUCAAACAAGAUUUGGAUAAUUUUUUGCGCGUGGGCACUGGAUUUCAACAUGAUAUUACGCCAAGCAAUUGCUUUCCUAUGAGUGAUCCUACUGACGUUGCCGAGCCACCGCUCUCCGCUCACCAUGUUAACUGGCAGAGCGCAGAAGAUGACAUUGCGCUCACCCAAAGUCUCGUGCAACAGGAGAUAGCGAACGGAAUCGAGAUUGACGUGAGCCACAUUCCAGGCUCACAAAACAUCUUGGCAGACGACCUCAGCAGACUUAUGGAACAUCCGUAG